GCCUCGCCCGCACCGAGCUCCCGGCGCCGCGGGGAGGCAACUACAUCCAGAGAACUUGCAGACUGUGGCGCAACUGGUCUCGACGGCGGAGGCGCCCGAAUGCUGCCCGGGUGAGAAACUUGGGAAGGAAAACAUUUUCAACAAUGAAUAGGUCCCCCACCAUGACCGACUGCAGAUGACUUGCCAUUUCAUUCACAAAGAUGUCGUCUGCUGCUGAAAAUGGAGAUGCCACACCUGGAAAACAGAAUGAAGAAAAAACUUAUAAAAAGACUGCAUCAUCUGCUAUCAAAGGUGCUAUUCAGCUGGGAAUAGGAUACACAGUGGGGAAUCUCACUUCCAAGCCAGAUAGAGAUGUCCUCAUGCAAGACUUUUAUGUGGUGGAAAGCGUGUUCCUGCCCAGUGAAGGGAGCAAUCUGACCCCAGCACAUCAUUACCCAGACUUCAGAUUUAAGACGUAUGCUCCACUAGCAUUCCGAUAUUUCAGAGAACUUUUUGGUAUCAAGCCUGAUGAUUACUUGUAUUCCAUCUGCAGUGAACCUCUAAUAGAGCUGUCUAACCCUGGAGCCAGUGGAUCCUUGUUUUUUGUGACCAGUGAUGAUGAAUUUAUCAUCAAAACCGUUCAGCAUAAAGAAGCUGAAUUCCUUCAGAAGCUACUGCCAGGCUAUUACAUGAAUUUAAACCAGAAUCCAAGGACCCUUUUGCCAAAAUUUUACGGACUGUAUUGCAUGCAAUCAGGGGGCAUUAAUAUCAGGAUUGUGGUAAUGAACAAUGUCUUACCGCGCUCCAUGAGAAUGCACUUCACUUAUGACCUGAAAGGCUCCACUUAUAAGCGAAGAGCAUCCCGAAAGGAGAGAGAAAAAUCCAACCCCACGUUUAAGGACUUAGAUUUCCUGCAAGACAUGCACGAAGGGUUAUACUUUGACACAGAAACAUACAACGCGCUCAUGAAAACACUUCAGAGAGACUGCCGGGUGCUGGAAAGUUUCAAAAUCAUGGACUAUAGCCUUUUGCUGGGAAUCCACAUCUUAGACCAUACCCUCAAAGAGAAAGAAGAGGAGAAUUCACAAAAUGUGCCUGAUGCUAAGCGGUCUGGGAUGCAGAAGGUCCUCUAUUCCACAGCAAUGGAAUCCAUCCAGGGUCCAGGGAAAUCUGGAGAUGGGAUCAUCACAGAGAACCCGGACACAAUGGGAGGCAUUCCAGCUAAAAGCCAUAAGGGAGAGAAAUUACUUUUAUUUAUGGGCAUUAUUGACAUUCUGCAGUCCUAUAGGUUAAUGAAGAAGCUAGAACAUUCCUGGAAAGCCCUUGUCUAUGAUGGGGACACUGUUUCAGUUCAUCGACCAAGCUUUUAUGCUGACAGAUUUCUAAAGUUUAUGAAUUCCAGAGUUUUCAAGAAAAUUCAAGCCUUGAAGGCCUCACCUUCUAAAAAGCGUUGCAACUCCAUCGCUGCCCUGAAGGCAACCUCUCAAGAGAUCGUGUCUUCAAUUAGCCAGGAAUGGAAGGAUGAGAAGCGUGACUUGCUGACUGAGGGGCAGAGUUUCAGCAGCCUUGACGAAGAAGCACUGGGAUCCCGACACAGGCCAGACCUGGUGCCUAGCACCCCAUCACUGUUUGAAGCUGCUUCCUUGGCAACCACCAUUUCGUCUUCUUCCCUAUAUGUCGAUGAACAUUGUCCACAUGACAGGACUGCGCUCUAUUCAAACAGAUCACGGAGUCACACCAAAUUCAAACCCACAGGGAAGCUAAGAAGUGUUUACAUUAAAUGUGUCCUUCCUAAAAAUUCUUAACAGUAUGCCAGUCUGUCCUCAAGCAGUAAAAUCUGAUUAUGCACAGAGUUUUGGUCAGAGGAAGACAGAAGAUUAGGGUCAGACAAAAAGAAGUGAUUUCAGAAGCAGAGGACAAAGAGAUACCUUGGAAGGUGCCACAUGCCUGGCAUUGAAGGUAGAGGACAGGGUGGUGAGCCGAGAAGUGCAGGCAGCCUCUAGAAGCCAGAAAAGGCAAGGAAACAGAUGCUCCCUUGGAGCCUUCACAGAGGAAGCCAGCUCUUCCAACACCUUGAACUUUAGGACUCUGACCACCAGAGCUGCAAGAUAAUAAGUUGUGUGAUUUUCAGCCAGUCAGUUCAUGAUCCUUUCUUACAGCAGCCAUAGGCAGCUAAUCCAGUGACUCUCACACAUGUAAUGAUUUAAGAUUUGAGCGUUGGAUGAGGACUACUGUAAUUUCUUAAAUGGAGAAUGUAUUAUUAGAUAUGUGUGCUUUUUAAACAAAACACUGUCAAACGUUGAUUUUAAUAAUAGAAGAUGAUAUCUUUACAAAAGGACCACAAUGUUGUCUGUGGGCUUAGCUGUUUGACUUUUUUCUCUUUCCAUAUGUGCAGUUCUGUAACUAGUCCCACUUGCCAGGCAGGGUCUACUAUAUAUGUUCUUGAUAAUUAUCUAUUAAAUUAUGGACUAGCUCUUGUUAAAAAUCCAACUCUUGAGAAUCAAGAUCACAUUUGUGUAGGCAAAGUGCUUCUUACACCGUAAGUCAUCUUCUACCCCUAGGGAUGCAGCCUGGCUCACUUGCAAAAAGAGGACUCAAGAUGGUAGACUCAUUUGUAACAUAUAUGUUUAUAGAUUCUAGCUUGUUCUUUUGGCAAGUUAACGUGUGGUCAUUGGGGCUUCUGGAGAAAUCAUUUUCUGUUGCCAUUCUCUUCCUUCUCUGCUAGAGACAUAGUGGGGUGGGCGUAGCAGAGGAGGCAGCCAGCCUCGGCCUGGAGAAGUGAAACAGAUGGCAGGGUGAGCCAUGGAUCUUCAUGGAGCUUUGCUUAGAUAGCUCUGCUGGAAGGGUCACCAGAUAAGGCUGCAUUAUAAAUUAUUCCGCUCAUCUGAACCGUAAGAGAAAUUUGGUUAGCUUCCUUGGGUGAAUCGAAUUUAAAGUGACCUAUCCCUUACAUUAAUGUGUACCUUAAAUAUUCAAAUUUGUUAUGUAAAUUAGUCAAGCAACAGCUUUCUUGUUUCUGUGGUAGAGCUAAGCACCGUUGUUUUGUUCUCCAAUAUAAAUAGCGGCUGGAAAGUCAUAGGAAGUUUCUUACAAGGUCGAAAACAAUUCUUUGUGAAGCCAUGGUGGUUUCCUACUGUUUGCUACUGUUCUCAUUAUCCAGGGCGCACAAUUGGAUAUGCUGUUAAAUUAUUUACUAGAAUUUUCAACACCGGAAUAAAAGGAUUUUUUGCUUGG